GAAAUCAUUUAAUACUUCACAUUAGGACAAAUAUGUGAAAGUUCCUGCCAACCUGUGAGAACUUCUUCCUUCGGACAUUUUUUGUUCUACUUACUGUACAGCUUUCUUAGAAGUUCUUUUUUGAUGCCAUGUUCUGUGGCUUGCAUCUUAAGAGGAGUUUGUCUUCAUGAAGAUUCCUAACAUUGGUAAUGUGAUGAAUAAAUUUGAGAUCCUUGGGGUUGUAGGUGAAGGAGCCUAUGGAGUUGUACUUAAAUGCAGACAUAAGGAAACUCAUGAAAUUGUGGCAAUCAAGAAAUUCAAGGACAGUGAAGAAAAUGAAGAAGUCAAGGAAACGACUUUACGAGAGCUUAAAAUGCUUCGUACUCUCAAACAGGAAAACAUUGUGGAGUUGAAGGAAGCCUUUCGUCGGAGGGGGAAAUUGUACUUGGUGUUUGAGUAUGUUGAAAAAAAUAUGCUUGAAUUGCUGGAAGAAAUGCCAAAUGGAGUUCCACCUGAAAAAGUAAAAAGUUAUAUCUAUCAGCUAAUCAAAGCUAUUCACUGGUGCCAUAAGAAUGAUAUUGUUCAUCGAGAUAUAAAACCAGAAAAUCUCUUAAUCAGCCACAAUGAUGUUUUGAAACUGUGUGACUUUGGUUUUGCUCGGAAUCUAUCAGAAGGAAAUAAUGCUAAUUAUACAGAAUAUGUGGCCACCAGGUGGUAUCGGUCCCCAGAACUCUUACUUGGAGCUCCCUAUGGAAAGUCUGUAGAUAUGUGGUCAGUUGGCUGUAUUCUUGGGGAGCUUAGUGAUGGACAGCCUUUAUUUCCUGGAGAAAGUGAAAUUGACCAACUCUUUACCAUUCAGAAGGUGCUAGGACCACUUCCAUCUGAGCAGAUGAAACUCUUCUAUAGUAAUCCUCGCUUCCACGGGCUCCGGUUCCCAGCUGUUAACCAUCCUCAGUCGUUGGAGAGAAGAUACCUUGGAAUUUUAAACAGCGUUUUACUUGACUUAAUGAAGAAUUUACUGAAGUUGGACCCAGCUGACAGAUACUUGACAGAACAGUGUUUGAAUCACCCUACAUUCCAAACCCAGAGGCUUUUGGAUCGCUCCCCUUCAAGGUCAGCAAAAAGAAAACCUUACCAUGUGGAAAGCAGCACUUUGUCUAAUAGAAACCAAGCCAGCAAAAGUGCGGCUUUGCAGUCUCACCACAGAUCUAACAGCAAAGAUAUCCAGAACCUAGGUGUGGCUCUGCCCCGGGCUGAUGAAGGGCUUCCUGCCAACGAAAGCUUCCUGAAUGGAAACCUUGCUGGAGCUACUCUUAGUCCCAUGCACACCAAAACCUACCAAGCCGGCAGCCAGCCUGGGUCUACCAGCAAAGAUCUAACCAACAACAACAUUCCACACCUUCUCAGCCCAAAAGAAGCCAAGUCAAAGACAGAGUUUGAUUUUAAUAUUGACCCAAAGCCUUCAGACGGCCCAGGCACGAAGUACCUCAAGUCAAGCAGCAGAUCUCAACAGAACCGGCACUCAUUUAUGGAAAGUUCUCAGAGCAAAGCUGGAACGCUGCAGCCCGGUGAAAAGCAGAGUCGGCACAGCUACAUUGACACCAUUCCCCAGUCCUCUCGGAGUCCUUCCUAUAGGACCAAGGCCAAAAGCCAUGGGGCGUUGAGUGACUCCAAGUCUGUGAGCAACCUUUCCGAAGCCCGGGCCCAGAUCGCAGAGUCCAAUACCAGUAGGUACUUCCCAUCCAGCUGCUUGGACUUGAACUCUCCCACCAGCCCAACCCCCACCAGACACGGUGAUACAAGAACUUUGCUCAGCCCCUCGGGGAGAAAUAACCGAAGUGAAGGCACUCUUGACUCACGCCGAACCACAACCAGGCAUUCUAAGACGAUGGAGGAAUUGAAGCUGCCUGAACACAUGGACAGCAGCCAUUCCCAUUCGCUAUCUGCACCUCAUGAAUCCUUUUCGUAUGGGCUGGGCUACACCAGCCCCUUCUCCUCCCAGCAGCGUCCACAUAGGCAUUCCAUGUACGUGACCCGGGACAAAGUGAGAGCCAAGGGCUUGGACGGAAGCUUAAGUGUAGGACAAGGGAUGGCGGCCAGAGCCAACAGCCUGCAGCUCUUAUCACCUCAGCCCGGGGAGCAACUCCCUCCAGAGAUGACUGUGGCACGAUCUUCUGUUAAGGAGUCCUCCAGAGAAGGCACCUCUUCAUUUCAUGCACGGCAGAAGUCUGAGGGUGGCGCGUAUCAUGACCCCCACUCUGAUGAUGGCACCGCCCCCAAGGAAAAUAGACACCUGUAUAAUGAUCCUGUUCCGAGAAGAGUUGGCAGCUUCUACCGAGUGCCAUCUCCACGUCCAGACAAUUCUUUCCAUGAAAAUAAUGUGUCAACCAGAGUUUCUUCCCUACCAUCAGAAAGCAGUUCUGGAACUAACCACUCAAAAAGACAGCCAACAUUCGAUCCAUGGAAAAGUCCUGAAAACAUUAGUCAUUCUGAACAACUCAAGGAAAAGGAAAAACAAGGUUUUUUCAGGUCAAUGAAAAAGAAAAAGAAGAAAUCUCAAACAGUGCCCAAUUCUGACGGCCCUGAUCUUCUGACAUUACAGAAAGCCAUUCACUCUGCUAGCACCCCGAGCAGCAGACCCAAGGAGUGGCGUCCUGAGAAGAUCUCUGAUCUACAGACCCAAAGCCAGCCAUUAAAAUCACUGCGCAAGCUGUUACAUCUCUCUUCAGCCUCAAAUCACCCGGCUUCCUCAGACCCCCGCUUCCAGCCCUUAACAACUCAACAAGCCAAAAAUUCCUUCUCAGAAAUUCGGAUUCACCCUCUGAGCCAGGCCUCUGGCGGGAGCAGUAACAUCCGGCAGGAGCCAACACCAAAGGGCAGGCCGGCCCUCCAGCUGCCAGGUCAGAUGGACCCUGGUUGGCACGUGUCCUCUGUGACCCGGAGUGCCACAGAGGGGCCUUCCUACUCUGAACAGCUGGGUGCCAAGAGUGGGCCAAAUGGGCACCCUUAUAAUAGAACAAAUCGGUCCAGAAUGCCAAAUCUGAAUGAUUUAAAAGAGACAGCCUUGUAA